AAUAAAGUGAAAGCCCAUCUUUAGUAUCUGAAGGCAAAAAAAGAACACAACUUUCCUCUUUUCUCCGCGACUCUAGCUCCCCAUAGAUCGAUUUCGGCGUCAAACGUCGUCGUUUUGGUCAUCCCUUACUACGUAUCUGCUUCCGCCGCCUUCUAGGGUUCUUUCUCCGUUUACCCUCCGCCGCUAGAUUUGUUCAGCUCCGCCGCAAGUUUGUUCAGCUCCGCCGCAUUCUUCUGUCUCUUAACGCCCCACUCCAGCUGUAAGCAAAUACGGCUGCUUCUCCCUCAAAUUCGUAAACGACCUGGGGGAUUUAAGCUUCUUCUCCCUUCUCCAAAAUCUUUACUUUUAGGAUUUUGUGAGUUUUGGUGGGAUGAGUAGUGUGUUCAGUGAACAGAUCCUGAUUGAUAAGCUCGCUAAGCUCAACAGCACUCAACAGUCCAUCGAAACUCUGUCGCAUUGGUGUAUAUUCAAUCGGACCAAAGCUGAAUUGAUUGUAACGACAUGGGAGAAACAAUUUCACAGUACAGAGAUGUCUCAGAAAGUCCCUCUUAUGUAUCUGGCUAAUGAUAUUCUUCAGAACAGUAAGCGUCAGGGUAAUGAGUUUGUGCAAGAGUUCUGGAAUGUUCUUCCUAAGGCUGUCAAAGACAUUGUUGCUCAAGGAGAUGACCGUGGCAAAAGCGUUGUAUCACGUUUGGUCAAGAUAUGGGAAGAAAGAAGAGUGUUUGGAUCUCGUUCAAAGAGUCUUAAAGAUGUAAUGCUUGGAGAAGAUGUCCCUUUGCCACUUGAUGUGAGCAAAAAGCGUUCCCGCGGAUCCAAAUCUUCAAAACGGGAUUCGAAAUCAUCCAGAACGAGAUUAUCUUCAAGUGGAGGUGUAGCUGAGAAGAUAGCAUCAGCAUAUCAUUUGGUUGUUGCAGAAAACUCAAAUGAAGAAGCUGAGAUGAAUAAAUGUAAGUCUGCUGUUAAACGAAUCAGGAAGAUGGAGAAAGAUGUUGAAGAAGCCUGCUCUACUGCAAAAGACAACCCGAAGAGAAAGUCGCUGGCGAAAGAAAUGGAAGAAGAAGAAUACCUUUUGAGACAAUGUAUUGAGAAACUUAAAUCUGUGCAAGGAAGUAGAACUUCCCUUGUGAACCAGCUUAAAGAUGCACUACGUGAACAGGAAUCCGAACUGGACAAUCUUAAAGCUCAGAUUCAGGUAGCACAAGAACAAACAGAGGAAGCCCAAAACAUGCAGAAACGGCUUAAUGAUGAGAAUUACACAUCAAAACCAACAACCGCUGCCCCGAGCUCAGUCUCUGCUACCACGAUAACCGAAACAACUGACAACACAAAAUCUUCCAAAAUGACGCCUGCAUCUAUUGCUGCGAUGCUCACGGCAUCAACCUCAUCACAUAUGAUCAUGCAAUCUGUUUUAUCUUCAUUUGCUGCUGAAGCAACCAAGACUUCUGGUCUAUCCAAAUCAGAGAGCACAGUUCCGGUUUCAGACGCUAAUGCUUCGUUCCCUUCUUACAACAACUCCCAGAACCAGACACCCACCACGCAAACUCAGUACCAUGUAAUCCCUAAUCCAGCACCACCACAAUUCCUAAAACCACCGGUAAUGGACAACCAUUACAGCUUUGGUAACAUUCCAUUAAUGCCGCCUGGACUACCGCCGCCGCCUCCACCACCACAUUUGAUAGGUAAUCAACAGCCUCAAAUUCCUCCUCAGUCGAACUCAGCUCAGCAGUCUCAACAAGGUCCCACUUUCCAGCCACCGGGGAUAAUCUUCAAUGAUACAUUGUUGGGUCGAAUCAAAGCAGAACUAUUGGUUCCUCUGGUUGUCGAAUCCUCAACUUUCCCUCUUGCAGUUGUUUGUAUCACAUAUUGUUACAACAUAAUGUAAUAAUUCUCUCCCGUUAACUCUCUAUUUCCUUACUGUAUGUAUGUAUGUGAAUUCUGUACCUUGAGAACAGAACUUGCUCAAACAUGGAGACAUAAGAUUCAAUUAA